AUGUUCGACAUAAACGACCUUAACUUCUUUCGACAUUUUCUAUUUGAGGCGUAUCCUCCUCUACCUAUCGAUGGGUUCACCGUAUGGCAGCAGGCUUCACAGCUUUCACACGAGUACGAUUUCUUAUUGCACUCAAUGUUAGGCCUUGGAGCUUCUCAUCUAGGAAUGUUAACACCAUCGGGAUACGAAAAGGCUGCAUUGAAACAUCGAGUCACUGCCAUCAGUGCACUGAACAAGCAUCUGACGAAGACUCAUUUUACACAACAAGACGCUGAAGCAGCUUUUGGCGCUAUGCUGAACUUGACGUUUCAAUCAGCUUACAUGAGUGAUGGACUUAUUGAUUUCCUCACAAUGGUUCGAGGCUGUUGGCUCGUCGGCACACAACCCUCCGUGGACCUAGAUCACACGAUCUUCAAAACAUUUGGAAGAUUGAGCUAUCUCGAGAAGAUCAAAGCUAUUGUGCACGAAGACGACCGGUCAAAUCACUAUUUAGACAAGGUCAUUGCUGAGGGAUUCUGUCAGAGUGUACAGAAACUGGGACCGCUAUGUCAUAGUGUUGGAGAGUUGCAGUAUCUUGCACAAAUGCAAAGAAUUGCAACUCUAGCGUCUACCAAUCCUGCCGAAAGCUACCGUGAGCUCGCGUUCCUCUAUGAUGGACUUGGUCAUCUCAACACCGCCGAUUUCACUUCCUUCAUCGAUACCAAGAACUACGCUUCCCAACUUGUCAUCAUGCACAUGCUCGUUUUAGAAUUCGUCAUGAGUCGCAAAGCAGUGGAGGGUGACAAGAGGUCUUCCAUGGGCCAGAAAGGCUACUACUGCAGAAAAGCCAUGUCUAAGGUCUGGGUUCAGAAGAUUCUAAGCAAACUUCCUCAGGAGUAUUACGAGUACGGAGAGUGGCCAUUGAGAUUCAUCAAUAGUCUGAAUUACUCGUUUGAUGAUGAAGACCAGGUUUGGAAGCCUUUCAUGUUGAGCAGUGGUACAGCUAUCUUACCCGAGGAAGAUACGCUGUCUUUGGCCAUGCGGUAG